CCUUCUGAGAGUCUGUUGCGUAUUUUCUACACUUGUUUGACUUAUGAGGAGUUGGUGAGAGUGAUGAACUCUGAGCAGGAAAGGCCGUUUGUGUGCAGUGCCCCUGGCUGUUCUCAGCGAUUCCCCACAGAGGACCACCUGAUGAUUCACCGGCACAAGCAUGAGAUGACUCUGAAGUUCCCCUCCAUAAAGAUCGACAGCAUGUUAUCAGACCAGACGCCGACCCCAACGCGCUUCCUGAAGAACUGUGAGGAGGUGGGUCUGUUCAGCGAGCUGGACUGUUCUAUAGAACAGGAGUUCAGGAAGGCCCAGGAGGAAGAGGACAACAAACAGAAUAUCUCUCUACAUGGCCAGAACCUCCAGAACCAGCAGCAUCACUCUCGGAUGGGGAACCAUGACAACAGCAUAGUGAUCCAGCAGGGCCUGUCCUCUCCCCAGUCCAACUCUGUCAUCACCCAGGCCCCCUCCACCAACAGACAGCUAGGGCCUGUCCCUGGCUCCCUGUCAUCACUACUGCACCUACGGAACAGACAGAGACAGCCACUGCCUGCCUCCAUGGCUGGAACCCUGCCAGACCCCACCAUGCAAGGCUCCUCUGUACUGAUGCCUAUGGAGAGGCAGAUGUCUAUGUGUUCCAGUAUAAUGGGUAUGCAGGGCCCCAACCAUCCCAGCUCCUGUUCCUCCCCUCACGGACCCUCCAUGCACUCUGAGGCCAAACUGAGACUGAAGGCGGCGCUAGCACACCACCCGGGAGCCAUCGCCAACGGCAACAUGAACAGCAUGGGUCACAUGAUGGAAAUGAUGUCAUCGCGGCAGCAGCAGGAGCAGGGGGGCGGCCACCACCACCUUCACCCCUCCCACCCUCACCAGCACCUGCCGGCUCCGCCCCACAGCCACGCCUACCAGCACCACCCCCACCAUCACCACAGCGGCCACAGCCAGGGCGGACACCACCACCCACAGGGCCACAACCCCCAUCACAACUCCCACCCGCCUCACCUCCACCCUGGGCACCCACACCAGACCUCACCCCCGCCUCACCUCCACCCUGGACACCCACACCAGACCUCACCCACGCCUCACCUCCACUCUGGACACUCACACCAGACGUCACCCCACCCUCCACUUCACUCUGGACCAGGGUCACAUUCACAGUUGUCGCCGGCGGCCCAGCAGAUGCAGCCGAGCCAGACGAUGCAGUCUCCGACCUCUAGCGGUGGGCGCCGCAGGCGGACGGUAGACGAGGACCCUGACGAACGGCGGCGGAAGUUUCUGGAGAGAAACCGAGCGGCGGCCACGCGAUGCAGACAGAAGAGGAAAGUAUGGGUGGUGUCACUGGAGAAGAAGGCUGAAGAGCUGACCCAGACCAACAUGCAACUUCUGAAUGAGGUGACCAUGCUGAAGAACGAGGUGACCCAACUCAAGCAGCUCCUCCUCACCCAUAAAGACUGCCCCAUCACCACUCUGCAGAAAGACUCCCAAGGUUACCUCAGUCCAGACAGCAGUCCAGCAGGCAGCCCGGCCCCAGCCUGCUCCCAGCAGCAGGUCAUCCAGCACAACAACAUCACCACCUCCAGCACAGCUGCAGGGGGCAGCACUGUGCACGGCCUGCCCAACCACCGUACAGACAUCAACCCCAUCCACUAGAGACAAGACAGAGAGAGACUACAGUACCCCCCCCCAGUCUGUACCCCCAGCCCCCAAACUGUACCCCCAGUCCGUAACCCCAGCCCCCAACUUGUACCCCCAGCCCCCAACUUGUACCCCCAGCCCCCAACCCGUACCCCCAGUUCCAAACCCAUACCCCCAGCCCCAACCCCAUCCCAUCCCUGGUCUAACCCCCCUUCCAUGGCUCUCUGAGGGCUGUUUGUCUGUCUGUCAGUACGGGACGGGCGGCAUCACACACUGCCUCCAUCUCCAGGACCAGGUCCAGAGAAACCCCUGGAGAGAAACCUCUGGAGAGAAACCUCUGGAGGGAAACCUCUGGAGAGAAACCUCUGGAGGAAAACCUCUGGAGAGAAACCUCUGGAGGGAAACCUCUGGAGAGAAACCUCUGGAGAGAAACCUCGGGAGAGAAACCUCGGAGGCCUGCAGGGCUGCUCUUUCUACCGUAGCUAUAGUAGUAUUUUUAUAGACCUUUUUAACUAAUAUGUGUUCUCUGGGUUUGUCUUCGUUCUUAUUUGUCUUCUAUUUUUGUCUCAUGUUUUUUUAUCUAUUUUUUUAUUUUAAAUUUGUACUUUAGUUAAAAGGGAGUUUUGCAAUUCAUGCAGCAUUAACCCGUGUGGAGUUUUUGUGAUGUCAUACCUCUGUUAGACCGACACCCCCACCGGGUCACUGUGGUGACACAGCAACGGGACAUGAGCCUCAGACCAUCACCUCUGUGACCCUCCCUAACGUCACCUCUGUGACUAUGUCUGUGUCUCAAAUAGAACAUUUUCCUCUAUAAAGGCCACUACUUUUGACCAGAGCCUUAUGGGUAAAUGCCAUUUGGGAUGAUUAUCUUGUAUGUGUGCUUGUGACUGAUGGAUUGACUAGCAGAGAGUCUGAGCACCACUGUCAGAUAAGUAUGUGUCAGAUAGUUACUGUGUUGAAUAGUGCAAUGUUCUGGUUACAUGUGUAACAUACAGGGUAUGUAGUGUCAGGUACUUGAUCAGAUGCUUAGCUAAGAAAGUGUGUGGGAUGCUACUGCUUCCACAUUGUUGAUGUUGUUGUUUUUAACCAAGUCGAACUGUUGCCAUGAUAUGCUAUUACUUAGUUACCUACCGGAAUAUGGCGUUUCUAUUGAAUUAUGCUCUUUUUCUAGAAAGGACCCUGACUGUUACCCUAGCAACCCAUCGAUGCUAUUUAGAGGGCGUUACAUGUAAUGAAAGAUUGAACGGUGUUGAGAAUAUGUUCAAAUUGAAGCAAUACAUCCUAGUAUUGUUGUUCUAUCAGCCAUAUUGCCCUGCACUGUGAUACCAGCUAGCCGAGGCAGCUCUGGAGGCUGACCCGACCUCUGUCUCCUCCACUCUCCUGGAGGCUGUCCCCUGACCGCUGUCUCAUCCACUCUCCUGGAGGCUGUCCCCUGACCCCUGUCUCCUCCACUCUCCUUGAGGCUAACCCCUGUCUCCUCCACUCUCCUGGAGGCUGACCCCUGUCUCCUGCACUCUCCUGGAGGCUGACCCCUGACUCCUCAACUCUCCUGGAGGCUGACCCCUGUCUCCUCCACUCUCCUGGAGGCUGACCCCUGACUCCUCCACUCUACUGGAGGCUGACCCCUGUCUCCUCCACUCUCCUGGAGUCUGAUUCCUGUCUCCUCCACUCUCCUGGAGGCUGACCCCGGUCUCCUCCACUCUCCUGGAGGCUGAACCCUGACCCCUCCAAUCUCCUGGAGGCUGAAUCCUGGCCCCUCCACUCUCCUGGAGGCUGACCCCUGUCUCCUCCACUCUCCUGGAGGCUGAUCCCUGUCUCCUCCACUCUCCAGGAGGCUGACCCCUCCACUCUCCUGGAGGCUGACCCCUGACCAGUCUCCUCCACUCUCCUGGAGGCUGAUCCCUGUCUCCUCCACUCUCCUGGAGGCUGACCCCUGACCCGUCUCCUCCACUCUCCUGGAGGCUGACUCCUGACCCCUGUCUCCUCCACUCUCCUGGAGGCUGACCCCUGACCCGUCUCCUCCACUCUCCAGGACCAAGUAAAGCUUUAAGAGACAUCUCCUUCAGUGUAGUUCUAGUGCUGCUGCAGCCAGGCUUCCAGAAUCAGUGGCACAUUCCAAAUGACCUGAACAUUCCAGAUAUGAGCCUUGUCCUCUGUCUGCCUCAAUAUCUCAGGUGGGGUUGUCAUACUGUAGGAGACAUAUAGAGAGAGAUAUGAGGUGAGAUAGUUGAUUGAGUCUAUGCUUUUGUAGUCUGUCAGUGUGUGUUUGACAGUUGAAGAACGAUUGGCUGAGUUUCUAUCCCUUUAUAAUGCAAAGGUCUUACAACCAUCUCUAACGAGGCUCAGCAGUUUUAGCCGAAUGUUUUCCAAAACAUCACAACGUGCCUGAACUUCUCUGUCUUUUUUUAUUACUAAAUGGAAUGUCAAUUGUUUCAAAGACUUUUGAAUCAUCAUGAACUUUUCCAUUGAGCUAGCAAGCCUUUAUAAGUGAUUGUUCCCCCAGUCUCAGUGAGUGUAGCGUUGAUGGACACUGUGUGUCUGCUGUUGGUGUGUUUUUAUGCCAUUUAGCAGAGGUCUUUCUUCAAACCACGUAGUCAUGUAUACAUUCUUUAUGUGUGGAUGGUCACGGGAAUCAAACCCACUAUCCUGUUGUUGCAAGUGUCAUGCUCUACCAACUGACCUACAGAGCACCAGUGUGUUGUCAGGGAGUUUAGUCUGUAAGGUUAAAACCAGCUGGCUGACUGACCAGGGAGGAAAAAGCUGACCUUCAGUCUAACCUCUCCAUUCUAGCUCCAACCCAGCUCUCCCACAGACCGGCUGACAUGUCUGUGUGUGUGUCUGUCUGUGUGUCUGUGUGUGUGUGCGUGUCUGUGUGUGUGUGUCUGUGUGUGUGUGUGUGUGCGUGUGUGUGUGCGUGUGUGUAUGAAUGUUUUCCAUCAACACAUCUUCCAAUAGCCCGAACUAGUAGAAAACUCAAUAUUCACUUUAGUUUUGACCACGACUCUGUCAUGCUUGCUCAAGUCACCCCUUAGUUAGCACUGAUCUAGGAUCAGUUUACGCUCCCCAUAUCCAAACCUAAACCAUUAGUGGAGAGGGAUUCUAAACAGACCGUAGCUCAGUGUCUGGGAGAAACUCCACUUUUCCCUGAACAUGUUGAUACUUCAACAUAGUACAUAUGUACAUAUGACUACAUCCUUUAGUAGGAGUGAGCCAAGCAGCUCUACAGACAGGUGAGCUAGAGAGACAUCAUGUAGCUGUCUAUGCACUUUGACCUCUGGGAUAUCCAGAGGGAAGAAUAGCCAUAUUGAGGUCUCAGUGAUGCCCGGUUCAAUACACCAGCGAGACUCUGUGUGACUGACUGUUGAUCUGUAGUGAGACUGACUGACUGACUGACUGUUGAUCUAUAGUGAGACUGACUGACUGUUGAUCUGUAGUGAGACUGACUGACUGACUGUUGCUCUGUAGAGAGACUUACUGACUGACUGUUGAUCUGUAGAGACUGACUGACUGAUGCUCUGUAGAGACUGACUGACUGUUGAUCUGUAGAGAGACUGACUGACUGACUGUUGAUCUGUAGUGAGACUGACUGACUGACUGUUGAUCUGUAGUGAGACUGACUGACUGACUGUUGCUCUGUAGAGACUGACGGACUGAUGCUCUGUAGAGACCGACUGAGUGGCCGUUGCUCUGUAGAGAGACUGACUGACUGUUGAUCUGUAGAGAGACUGGCUAAGUGACUGUUACUCUGUAGAAACUGACUGCAUAGUAGUGACUGUUACUCUAUAGAGACUGACUGCAUAGUAGUGACUGUUACUCUGUAGAGACUGACUGCAUAGCAGUGACUGUUACUCUGUAGAGACUGACUGCAUAGUAGUGACUGUUACUCUGUAGAGACUGACUGCAUAGUAGUGACUGUUACCCUGUAGAGACUGACUGCAUAGUAGUGACUGUUACUCUGUAGAGACUGACUGCAUGGUAGUGACUGUUACUCUGUAGAGACUGACUGCAUAGUAGUGACUGUUACUCUGUAGAGACUGACUGCAUAGUAGUGACUGUUACUCUGUAGAGACUGACUGCAUGGCAGUGACUGUUACUCUGUAGAGACUGACUACAUAGUAGUGACUGUUACUCUGUAGAGACUGAUUGCAUAGCAGUGACUGUUACUCUGUAGAGACUGACUACAUAGUAGUGACUGUUACUCUGUAGAGACUGACUGCAUGGCAGUGACUGUUACUCUGUAGAGACUGACUGCAUAGUAGUGCCUGUUACU